AUGGCUGGCUCUCCUAACUCCAACCUCCGCGGCUUCAAUCACGCCGUCCAAACUCUCCUCAAACAGCCCUCACAAUUCCUCCCACAUCUCACCAUCCCAACAUUCACUCAUCUCCCGGAAGAGCUGGGCCCCCACCUCAUCAACUCGCGACCAUCCUCCCAAACCACCAACCCCGAAAAGCAACAACAACCACCCAAAAUACCAACAAUUCGCGCCCUAGUCCUAGACAAAGACAAUACCCUCUGUCCCCCAAAAACAACAACAUUCCCGCCCAAAAUCCUCACAAAGCUCUCCGAACUCCGCAACUCCCCCACAAGCCCCUUCAACCAAACCAAAAACCCAAACGCAAUCCUAAUCGUCUCCAACCGCGCCGGCAGCCACCCAAGCUACGACUCAGAAGUGCAAUCGCUAGAAACCCAGCUCGCUCAUCUCAAGAUCCCCGUUUUCAGGCUACCGGCUGGUACGGAGAAGAAGCCUUUCUGUGGCGAUGAGGUUGUGCAGUGGUUCCGGGAGCGGGAGGUGAUUAGUUCGCCGAGUGAGAUUGCGGUUGUGGGAGAUCGGUUGGGGACGGAUGUCAUUAUGGCGGGGCUGAUGGGCUCUUGGAGUGUUUGGUGUAAGGAAGGAGUGUAUGAGGUUGGCGAGGAGGGGAAACCGGAGAGGAAUAUCUUGGAGAAGAUGGAGGUUUGGAUUGAAAAGUAUUUGAGGGAGAGCAGGGGACUUAAGGCGCCUGUACCCAAGGGAUGGGAAUAA